AUGGCCAUCACUAUCCAAGAAGGUCCUGUAAUGGAAACCGCUACGCUGGUUGUUCCUACCAAAGCUACUGUACAUGAAAAGCUCCACUGGCCCCAAGGAGUUCAUCCAGAAAUUGAGAAGCUGGACGAAUACGUCCAAGAGACAAUCUUGUCCAUAUUGUCUUCCUCAGGUAAUGAGAAUCGUCUAAGGAGUACGAGAGCAUGUAAUUUUGCUCUGUUUGGGGCAUCUUGGUGGCCAUUCGCAUCAUACGAUGCAUUACGUAUUUGCACCUGUCCAUUCAUAUGGCUCUUCGUUUGGGAUGAUGAAACGGAUUCUCUCGAGUUUUCUACAAUCUCCGAUGACUGGAACCGAGCAUCUACAUUCCGACAGAGAACUGUUGACUACCUACGAGAAAGCUUGUCUGGAGCCUCUCAGAUGAGUCUCUCAGAGAUCACUACGGAUCCUUUAAUUGCUGGCUUCAAACCUGUGGCUGAAGCCAUAUCAAGGGCCUGCAACGACCGCACAAUCCCAAGCCUAUUCUCUAAUCCCUCUACUUUCCUUGCAGCUCGGCUCUGCACAAGCGGCUACACGUGUAUCGAUCAUGCAGUUAACAUCAUUCGAUCAUCCAUCGAACGGUUCGAAGCUGCGGAAAAGCAGCUCCUGGAACGGUCCUCAUCCACGCCCAAGAUUCGUGAGGACCUCGGCAAGUUUAUCGACGGGUGUAAAUAUGCCUGUAUAUCCAAUCUCAAUUGGAGGUAG